AAUAAUAAGAAAUCACAGAACAGAGAAGAGAAGAAACCAACACCCAAAUAAUUCCACCGAAGAAGACGGCCAUGGCGACCAUUAAAGUUCCUCAAGUCGUUCCUUCUCCCGCCGACGACUCUCGCACUCUCCACAGAGCUUUCCAGGGUCUCGGAACCGACGAGAAGGCCAUCAUCCGCACGCUCGGCCGCCGGAACACCGCUCAGAGAGGCCUCAUCCGCGACACUUUCCGGCAGCUUUACAACAAGUCGCUAAUCGACUGUCUCCACGCCGAGUUAUCCGGCGACUUUAGGAAAGCGGUUAUCCUGUGGACCUACGAUCCGGCGGAGAGAGACGCACGCCUCGCGAACCAGGCAUUAACGUCCCGGCAGAAAGGUAUCACCGAGUUGCAGGUGAUUGUGGAGAUAGCAUGCGCCGCACCGCCGCAUCAUCUCGCCGCCGUCCGGCGAGCAUACUGCACGCUGUUCGACGUCUCUCUCGAAGAGGAUAUCACCGCCAAGGCACCUCUCCCGGUCCAGAAGGUGUUGGUUAGACUGGUGAGUUCCUUCAGGUUCGACAAAGAAGCUGUGGAUUCAUCCAUCGCAGCCAUGGAGGCGGUCAAGCUUCGAAAGGCCAUUGAGGCGGUCAAGCUUCGAAAGGCCAUUGAGGCGAAGAAGCUGGACGACGACGACGAGCUGAUAAGGGUGCUCACCACAAGGAAUGCCUUCCAGCUGAGGGAGACUUUCAAGCUCUACAAGAUUAACUAUGGAAGAUCCAUAGAUGAGGACAUUAUGAGUUGCGGGAAAGGCAUUCUUGAGUCUCUUCUCAAAGUGGUCAUUUGGUGCAUUGAUUCCCCAGAAAAACACUUUGCUGAGGUUGUGAGGGCAGCAAUUGUAGGGUUGGGGACUGAUGAGGAUUCGCUGACAAGGGCUAUCGUGAGCAGGGCUGAAAUAGACAUGGUGAGGAUCGGACAAGAAUAUUUGGAAGCAAACAAGACUAGCCUAGAAGAAGCUGUCAUUGGAGACACUUCUUGGGACUACAAAGACUUCCUCAUCACUUUGCUUGGAGCAGAUAUAUAGUAACUAACUAAAUCAAUUACAAGAAUCAUCCAUCAUGUCUCCUCUGUAAUUAGUGAGAUUAUUCAUUAUUUGAUUGACCUUUGUUUUGUGUGGGA